AGGAUUCGUCAGGCGAUGAACAGGCCACGCAACCGCCAGCCGCGCCACUCAGGGCAAACUCAGCGCCCGGGAGGCAGAUCGUCAAACUUGGGCCGACGAGCUCCUGGGACGCCGCAACAGGCCGCCGGCACCGUCCCCACGUCAAGGCAGGUCGUCGCCGGUGCCGCUGUUUACAUCGUCCUCAAAGAAGACCAGCCGACAGGCCGAGAAACGCAGGGCAUCGUGCAGGACGUCCUCACAUCGGGAGACCAUCCCCGGGGCAUCAAAGUCAGGUUACGUGGCGGCUUAGUCGGCAGAGUGCAGAGACUCGAUGACGGCUCUUCUCAGCCAUUGAGUGGGACGGCGUUGGCUUCAAGUGCUUCCUCCAACUCAAAGUUCAACAGCCGGUACACGGAUAUCAGGAAUGACGCAGACUUUGACUAUCUGCAGGGGCCGCCGCCGAGGAGUUUAGCAGACUUUAUGCCAUCGUUGGAGCCACCCGCGACGACUGAUUCUUCUGAUGAUGCUGGAGGAGCUCUCUUGGAUGAAGGCACGGCUGUCUGUCCAAUUUGUAAAACAUUUACUGGAGACGAAGUUGCCGUUACGCAUCAUUUGGAACGAGAGCAUUUCAGCUGA